AUGGCGUCCGCCUUGCGCCGACUCAUACCCGCGCGCGUCGCCAACACCGGCUCGCAGCAGCGCGACCACCACGCCAACGAGCGCACAUUUCUAUCAUGGACCCGAGCAGGCCUCGGGUUUGCGGCUAUGGCGCUUGCCCUCGACCGCUUAGAUGCCAUCGACAAACUCCUCACCUCGAAGCUGGGCUCUGCGCUCAUGGUGCCCCAGCAUGCGGGCGCGCCUGCCCUGCACGAGGAGAAAACUGCGGUCAAAGAUGCGAAGCAAGUCCCCGGUCCAAAGCAUUCUCAACUGCAAACUAUGGGUCCUAGAAUGGUGUCGGAUGCCUUUUCGGCGACACGACUUUGUCAGUUGCUUGGCGUCUGGUGUCUUGGAUAUGGCUUCUUCCGAUACUGGUCUAUGAGGCGGUAUUUGAUGAUUGGGCAAUUUGUUCCUGCAUUUUGGGGACCUGUUUUCAUGACUGUGGGCAGCUUUGGCGCGUUUAUGACUUUGGGGUUGCACAUGGAACGGAGGCAUGCUCCCCAAUCUUAA